CACGUGGGGACUGGUGGCUGAUGAGGCCCUUUUUCCAGUCCAGCGCUCGGCCUGCCUUCCACUCAGCUCUGCUGCCGGCCACCUGCUGCCGCCCGUCAGGCCUGGAAUGCUGACUGGCAGUUGGCUGGGGCGGGGGCUGGGGAUCGUUAUAAAGCUGGGGGCGCCUGGGGGUCACCUGUCCCUGUCUGCAGCCCGCGAGUGCCCUCCGCCGCCACCAUGCCCACCCACCGCCUCGUGAUGGUUCGGCACGGCGAGAGCACCUGGAACCAGGAGAACCGCUUCUGCGGCUGGUUCGAUGCGGAGCUGAGCGAGAAGGGGGCUGAGGAGGCCAAGAGGGGGGCCCAUGCCAUCAAGGACGUGAAGAUGGAAUUUGACAUUUGCUACACGUCGGUGCUGAAGAGGGCCAUACACACCCUCUGGACCAUCCUGGACACAACGGACCAGAUGUGGCUGCCUGUGGUGCGCACCUGGCGCCUUAAUGAGCGGCACUACGGGGGUCUCACUGGCCUCAACAAGGCAGAGACGGCCGCCAAGCACGGGGAGGAGCAGGUGAAGAUCUGGAGGCGCUCCUUUGACAUACCUCCACCCCCCAUGGAUGAGAAGCACCCCUACUACAACUCCAUCAGCAAGGUGAGCGGCUGGGGUGCGGGCCUGGGGGGGAGGUCUGGGGACAGGGGCCCAGGCUGGGGGGCGGGGGGCUGUCUGGGGAGUGAACAGCAGCACGGAUGCCCCCAGGCACGUCGCUAUGCAGGCCUGAAGCCAGGGGAGCUGCCCACGCAUGAGAGCCUCAAGGACACCAUCGGCCGGGCUCUGCCCUUCUGGAAUGAUGAGAUCGUCCCCCAGAUCAAGGCUGGCAAGAGAGUGCUCAUUGCAGCCCACGGGAACAGUCUGCGGGGCAUCGUCAAGCACCUGGAAGGGAUGUCGGACCAGGCCAUCAUGGAGCUGAACCUGCCCACGGGGAUCCCCAUCGUGUAUGAGCUGGACCAGGCACUGAAGCCCACCAAGCCCAUGCGGUUCCUGGGUGACGAGGAGACCGUGCGCAAAGCCAUGGAAGCUGUGGCUGCCCAGGGCAAGGCCAAGUGAAGGGUGGGCUCUGGCAAUAAAGGCACGUCCUCUCACUGCCUCAGGCCAGUGUGGCCCCAGGACGCCCGCCCCCCAGUGCUCACUCAGGGCUCGUUCCGUGGGCCUGGAGCCCGGGAUUCCACACACACAGCCCCGGACCCCCGCUGCCUGCCCAAGCCUCCCCCACUGGGUGCGGGGACCCCGGGAACACGGAGGCCAAGAGCCUCCCUAUCCCCGGCUAUCGAGUGGCUCCUGACAAGCCCC